CUCUACACACAGAUACACAGUCAACCUUCUCUCAAGACAAAGAGGAAAAACACACCCAGGUUUCAGUAAUGUCCACCUCCAGCAAUGUCCUGUCUGAAGAGCAGUUCCUGUGCUCCAUCUGUCUGGAUGUGUUCACUGAGCCAGUCUCUAUUCCAUGUGGACACAACUUCUGCAAGGCCUGUAUCAGUGAAUACUGGAACACCACUGCCCUGUGCCAGUGUCCACUGUGUAAGGACACAUUCAAUAGAAGACCGGACCUAAAAACCAACACAACACUCAGAGAUGUUGCAGAUCAUUUUAAGAGGAUGAAGGUCUCAGGCAGAGAGGAGUCCUCUUCCAAGCCUGGAGAAGUAGCACAAGUGCAGCAGAUGAUCCAGGAGCGACAGGAUCCUGAGCUGAGGAGGUUACGGCAGUGGUCAGUGGAUGUGACUCUGGAUCCUGAUACAGCACACUGCAAGCUCAUUGUGUCAGAGGACAGGAAACAAGUGAGCUAUGGAGACAUACGGCAGAUUCUCCCUGACCUCCCAGAGAGGUUUGAAUGUUAUCUAUCGAUCCUGGGAAAGGAGGGCUUCUCCUCAGGGAGAUUCUACUUUGAGGUUCAGGUGAGAGGGAAGAUUGAAUGGCAGGUAGGAGUGGCCAGAGAGUCCAUCAUCAGGAAGGGCCCAACGGCUGUAAGCCCUGAGGGUGGACUCUGGGCUCUGUAUAUGAAUAGGAAUAAGUAUAUAGCCAAGGACACACCCCAUAUGCACCUCUUCCUGAGUCAGAAACCCCAGAAGGUGGGGGUGUUUGUGGAUUACAAGGAGGGUCAGAUCUCCUUUUAUGAUGUAGAAAACAUGUCUCAUAUCUACUCUUUCUCUGGUUGUACCUUCACUGAGAAACUAUAUCCAUUUUUGAACCCCUGUGAUAAUGAGGAGGGUUCAAACUCAGCCCCAUUGGUCAUCUCUCCUGUCAAUCACACUGACUGA